AUGCGAUACAGCCCUGAAACAAGAACAGAAUCCGGAGAUACAGAAUUAGCAGCCCUUAAAUCCGUGAUGGAGUCCGAAAGCCGGUUACCACUGGAGCUAAGCGAAGAGGAACGUAAGUUCCGAUUCAGAGCGGCUGCAUUUCUUGCAUCAGUUGGCGCCACAGCAGGCAUAGCCGGGUUCAGUAAAGCCAUCAUGUCCGCGAAAAAAUCCGACCCAAAGUACUUCGACAAAGGUUUGCACGCCAGUCUGAUGCUGCACGAAGCCGGCACAAGCCUAGCGCUGCGCGCUCUUGGUUGGGGAACGCUGUACGCCGUGCUCGGCACGGGGACAAUCUGUUUCGGCAUCUGGAAGCUGAGUGGAGCUAAAAAUAUGCAAGAAUUCCGCGAAUCCGUGGGCCGAGUGCUGCCGCGAGUGCCACGCAACGAUCCACCGAAAAGUCGAACCGAGUUCGAAGGACUAAACGAUCUCAUGGAAUACCUUUCCACGUGGGGCACCAGGAAGGACGAGAGUUAGGUCUCGGCACAUUCUGUAGGGGAACUCUCCCGUUACUAAAUCGAAGAGAUAAUUUUUUGUCUGUAAAU